AUGGAUGAGAGGAAGAGGCCGGCCUCCCAUGACCAUGACCCUUCCGAACCACCUCUCAAGCGGCAAGCCACCUCUGUCAACGGGACCUCCAAAGGCCAUGUUGACGCUGACAUGCCCUGGAAGGAUGAUCUCGAGCGAUUUCAGAAAGAGGCCAUAUGGCGACAGAUGCAGGAAUACAAACGGGAGCGCAGUAACCUGGAAUUUCGGUUGAAUGAAAUGACAAAGAACGCAACUUAUCACGAUGAGCACCUGAUGGUCAUUGAUGCUUGGUUCAGCGAGUUGCUCGAUGAAAUAAGGCUUUUAGUAGGGGAUUUUGAGAGCCACAAGACAUUCUCAACGUUCCCCUCUGCGCUUUUGGCCGCAGAUUCCGCUGCCUUCAACACGCACCUGAAGUUCCGAUCUGCAGAAAUAUCCUCUGCAAUCUCACGACUCUUUACUCGAGCGCCAGCAUCGGCGCCAGAGGUUUCUCAACUUCAAGGUCGGAUCGCUCAACUCCUUACGGCUGAAAAGGGUCAUAUCGUCGAACUUGAAAAAAGCCGUUUGGAAAAAGAGAAAUUGGUAGGACGGCUGGAAGAUGCAUCUUUACGUUACAUGCUGGCAGAGAAAAAGCUUGACCGAUCGAAAAGUGCGACUGUUGCCAAACUUGAGAGACAAGCCAUCUCUGGGGGCCGUAGCGACACAGGUAGUGGGCUGGGAGGCGCACAGGACCCAGCCAAUGGGCAGGUAGAUUCGAAGCCGGAUAACGUGGAAGAACUGGUUGAGGCUGAAGAAGCUCGGAGAGAAGCUGUUGCUGCGUCUGCAAAGCGGAAAGAACAGCUGGAAAGUCUGGAAGCCGAGAAUGAGAGACUCACUGCUCAAGUGACGACACUCAGCAAUCGAUUGACUCAUCUAUCAGACGACGAUUAUAGUAGAACUGACCUCUUUAAACUUUUGAAAUCCCAACACGAGGACGUGAUCAAGAGGAUCAACAAUUUAGAAGCUACCAAUGUCCAGCUACGGGAAGAAGCGGAGAAGCUUCAAGCAGAGCGAACCGCAUAUCGCGUUCAAAUCGAGAAAGAAUCAGGAAUGGCAUUGUCGGAACUGGAAGCCCAACUAGUUCAAGCUGAAAACGAUUUGGCGAGGGUGAGGACUGGCCGGGACGAACUUAUUGCGGAGGUCACAUUGCGAAAGACUGCACAAUCGCAAGAACGGACUUCAGUUGAUCAAGUCAAGGAGCUAGCAAGUGCGAAGGAAGAGCGGAUCAAGGCAUUGGAGUCCGAAGUUGCAAGACUGAAAGUGCAAACUAGACAGCCUGCAGACCCUGCUCGUCAGUCCCCAACGAUUGACGAUCUUUCAUCGGAGGAAUUGCAAAGCCGAUAUUCGAGUCUGGAGAAGCAAUAUUCAUUACUGAACAAUGAACUCCAGUCUAUGGGAACAGCUUUCAAAAAGGCUUCGACACUUGCAUCGCAGAAAGUUACCAACGCAGCCGCCUUGGAGGAAAAAGUUCAGAGGCUUAGCGCAGAGAAGUCAAAGGCAGACCAGAAAUACUUCGCAGCAAUGAAAGCCAAGGAAGCUCGAGAACAGGAGGUCAGGACAUUGCGAGCGCAAAACUCCAAGAGUUCUGAGAUGGUGUCAUCACUCAAAGAUUCGGAGGCGGCAAACCGCGCUUUACAGGUCAAUCUCGAGAAGCAGAUCGCGGAAGUCAAAGAGUCGCUCGCCACAGUCGAAAGCAAGUAUCGCGCCUCGCAACAGCAGACGUCUGAGCGCAAUAUCUCACUCGAAGGGUUAAAGGCGCAAGUUGAAGAGCUCAAGAAGAGCCUUGAGGCCAAGGACGCUGCUACCAGUGCCACGUCAGCGGCAUAUCGGAAAGCAGAAGUCGAGAUCGCAACGCUCAAAGUGCGCUUUGAGGAGACGAAGAAAAGCCUGGAAUCGUGGAAGAAUAAGGGCUUAGGCAAUCAAAGUAGCGAGUAUGAGAUGCUUCGGAUUAUGGCAAUUUGUACCGUCUGCCAGAAGAACUUCAAAAACACGGUUAUCAAGACCUGCGGGCACGUCUUCUGCAAUGAAUGUGUCGAGGAACGGACUUUGUCUCGAUCGAGGAAAUGCCCAAAUUGCAACCGGGCAUUCGGGCUGAACGAUCACUUGCAUAUUACGCUGUGA